AUGCAAUCUGAUUUAUAUCAUAGGGCACGGGAGGCUGAAGAGUUUACGGACUUUGUAUUCGUCUGUGAGGGACAGAAAAUACCGGUUCAUAAAGUCAUCAUAUGCACUCAGUCUCCAGUCUUACACGCCGCUUGCACUGGGUCAUUCAAGGAAGCGUCCGGAGAGUAUUGCAUAGAUGAUCAUCCUCUUGCAAUGGUGCGGCGACUGGUCGAUUACUUAUACACCGGUAAUUACGCCGAACAAAUCACCGAAACAGGCAUGGACGACCAGACCGAUGGUAUUUCUCCUCUUCGAGUACACGCAAUCAUGUUCGCGCUGGCAGAUAAAUACCUCAUCAAAGGGCUUCAAACCUUAUCGGCGGCUAAUUACGCAAAAGCAUUGGGUCAAGAGCCGAAUAUCUGCAACUUUAUCCGUUCUCUACCGGAUGUCUAUACUUUGACUCCGGACUCCUCGAGAAGACUCCGCGACGAGGCCCUCGAGUUCGCUAAGGCGAAGCUUGCAGUGUCUCUGGCCUCACCAGAGGCCAAAUGCAUUUACGACGAUCUGGCCGCUGAUAUCCCUGAAUUUAUUAAGGAGCUCCUCGAUUCAUUCUUACAACAGCCCUUGGUGGGAGGUUGUCACAAAUGUUUCGAUUGCAUCUUGGCCUCUAUGUGA